UGGGAUGGCACUAGUACUCAUUUUUCUUUCUUUUGUAGCACUGAACAAGAUUUGUGAUGAAAUGGAGCCUGGAACAAACUCUUUUCGAGUAGAAUUUCCUGAUUUUUCCAGCACCAUUCUGCAGAAACUGAACCAGCAGCGCCAGCAAGGACAAUUAUGUGAUGUCUCCAUUGUUGUGCAAGGCCACAUUUUCCGGGCACACAAAGCUGUUCUUGCUGCCAGUUCGCCCUACUUUUGUGACCAGGUGCUUCUGAAAAACAGCAGGAGGAUUGUUUUGCCUGAUGUGAUGAACCCAAGAGUAUUUGAGAACAUUCUCCUGUCUAGUUACACGGGACGUCUAGUAAUGCCCGCUCCAGAAAUUGUUAGUUACUUAACAGCAGCAAGCUUUCUCCAGAUGUGGCAUGUGGUAGACAAGUGCACUGAGGUUUUAGAGGGAAACCCUACCGUCCUUUGUCAAAAGCUAAAUCAUAGCAGCGAUCACCAGUCUCCAAGCAGCAGUAGUUACAAUGGCCUGGUAGAGAGCUUUGAGCUGGGCUCUGGGAGCCAUACUGACUUCCCCAAAUCCCAGGAACUGAGGGAUGGAGAGAAUGAAGAGGAGAGCACCAAAGACGAGCUGUCAUCUCAGCUCACUGAGCACGAAUACCUUCCCAGCAACUCGUCCACAGAGCACGACCGGCUGAGCACUGAAAUGGCAAGCCAGGACGGGGAGGAGGCGGCCAGCGACAGUGCCGAGUUCCACUACACCCGGCCUCUGUACAGCAAGCCCAGCAUAAUGGCUCACAAGCGCUGGAUCCACGUGAAGCCCGAGCGCUUUGAGCAGGCGUGCGAGGGCAUGGACGUGCACGCGCCCUACGAUGAACACCAGGUCACUGAGUCCAUCAACAACAUGCAGGCGGAGCACUCGGUCCAGCCUUCGGGAGUAGAGGAAGACUUUCACAUCGUGGAGAAAAAAGUGGAAGCAGAAUUUGACGAACAGGCUGAUGAAAGCAAUUACGAUGAGCAGGUGGAUUUCUAUGGCUCUUCCAUGGAAGAGUUUUCUGGAGAGAGGUCAGAGGGCAAUCUGAUUGGGCACAGACAGGAGGCUGCCCUACCCGCAGGCUACAGUGAGAAUAUUGAAAUGGUAACAGGGAUUAAAGAAGAAGCUUCCCACUUGGGAUUCUCGGCCACUGACAAGCUGUAUCCUUGUCAGUGUGGGAAAAGUUUCACUCACAAGAGCCAGAGAGACCGCCACAUGAGUAUGCAUCUCGGCCUUCGGCCUUAUGGCUGUGGUGUCUGUGGUAAGAAAUUCAAAAUGAAGCAUCACCUCGUGGGCCACAUGAAAAUUCACACAGGCAUAAAGCCAUAUGAGUGUAAUAUCUGUGCAAAGAGAUUUAUGUGGAGGGACAGUUUCCACAGGCACGUGACUUCUUGUACCAAGUCUUACGAAGCUGCAAAAGCUGAGCAGAAUACAACUGAGGCUAACUAAAAAUAGUAUCUGGCCCUUGAGUGGCAGGCACCAAAAUAAAAGAUGAUGUACACAUUACAGUAAUCCACUUGGUAAGUAGGCGUCACUGUCUACGGAAGGACUGCGGCAGCCUUUCCUCCUGGGCCCAGCCUGUUGAUUCUGAUGCAGAUCUCACCUUCCUCCGGUCUCCUCUCCUGGCCACAGCUUUCAGAGAGUCUUCCCAGAGGGUUUCCUCCUUUCUAGUGGGCUUUUCUGAACUAAACUGGCCCUGCGCUGACCAGCUGUUUGGGAAAGCUGCUGAGCCUCAGCGGCUCCUUCCUACGGAAGAGGCCCAGAUGCCUGCUCCAAGUGAAGUUAGAGCCCAAGGGCAGAACUGCACUUCCCUGGGGAGGGGGAUUUGCUGCAGUCCCUGGUCACCAAGGGUGGCGAGGACUCCAUCACUCCCAACCCAGGUGUUUGCUUUUAAAAGGUCUCUGAUCACUUAGGAGUGCUGGACACCAAGCAACAUAGGACCCUCCCUCAGCCCACGCCCCAUCUAUGCCACAGUUAAUUUUGUGUUUAGGUUGCUUUCAUGGGUGACUAACUUUAUUCAGUGAAAUCAGGGUUUGUUUGAUUGAGUUUUUUCUUUGCUACUUAUAUAUUUAAAGGUACAUGUUUCUUAUUUUAGAUCUCUACUGAUAGUAUUCUAUGGGAAGAUGCUGGAACACAUUUUGCAAAUGUGACUUUUUUUUUUUUUUUAGUUUUGCUUGAAGCCUGUGUCACAAUGUCAGUUGCUGCUGCCUUCUUUCCUUUUAUGAGGUUCCAGAAAAUUACUUUAUUUAUGCAAGUCAGGUGACUCUUAGGCCAUGAAACCAUUUGAUGAUAAACAGAUUAUCACUAGGUGCAUAUCUUAUUGAUAUUUUGUGAACUGUUAUGCCUGUGUUGCAAAAGUUGAAUAGUUUUGUCUAUAUAUAUUGCUGUCUUCAGUGUACAGCAUGGUUUUACUUAACUGAAUGUUACUGUUUAAUAUUUUCUUCUUAUAGAAGAGACCAUGCCCUUUUGUAUGACAUGUUUUAAUAAAUGUUAUCUGUCAAUUUUGUAAAA